GAAAAAUCAAAAUUUUCUAUGAUCUUGUUCUCCAGUGCCCAUCAAUUUGGAGAGAUGCACGCUGGUAGUCCAUCUUCGAGUUCUGUAGCCAAGCGAACCAGACGACAGUGGGAAAUAUUUUAUAGAAAUUGGCACAAUGAGGUGAAGAAGAAACUGGCCGGAGAAAGUUCUGGUAAUGGCGUUAGAGAUAAGGGUGUGAUCAUUGGUGAGAAUACAGGUGGUGUGGGUAAUAACGAAGGUUCAUACUCGGUGGAUCCUGAAAAUGAUGAAAUUUCUAGGGAAAAUCAUGUGAGAAGGACAGGAGAAGGUUCUGGUUUGGAGAUUAUUGGGAAAAAAGCUUAUGAAAUUGGUUCAGUGAGGGGUGAUACAAUAGGAAAGAAAAAAUUGAAUGGAGUUAAGAAUGAGGACGUUGAUGAUCAACCUGUUGUUGGUGGAGUUAAACGCAUGGAUGAAAAGGUUCCCUCAACUGGCUCCUGUUCGAAAUCCGGAUUGAUUCCAAAUGAUGGGAGUGUUGCUUGCAAGAACUGCGGGUUUCAUAAUGUUUGUACCGUAGUUGCAGAUACUGUAGUUACUGUCAAUGAUGGGAAAAACAGUGGAGCACGACGUAGAGGAAGACCACGAAAUGAACCUUUGAACAAGGGAAAUGAAGUGCCUUUGCAGACUUCAGUCGAUUUAGGGAAGUCCGCUGAGAUGGUUGAUUCAGGAGGCUCGGAGGAGUCAAUGGAUUCAGAUGGAUCACAUGAUGAUUAUUCGGAUGAGGACUAUGAAGCCAGCAGUGAAGAGGAUGAAGAUGAUUCUGAUGAGGUCUAUGAAGCCGAUCUUUGGUCGAGCUCUGGUGAAUCCGAUAUGUCAAAACACUGCAAUGAAGAAACAGAUGACGAUACGUAUUCUGAUAACUCUAUGGGCGGUCCAAUUAAAACGAAGGUCCGUCCAGAAGAAAAGGAGCAACCAUUUGUCGAUCAUUCAUUGAUCUCUGGCAGUUCAGAUUCAUCGAGCUCCAAUUUUAACCAACAAACAGAGAAAGAUACAUUUUUUGGUAAUGAUGUGAGCAGUGCCGGAGAGGAAGAAAAGGAGCAAUCACUAUCUUUGAGCUCUGGCAGUUCAGAUUCAUUGAUCUCUGAUGUGAAUUAUGUGGGCAGUGCGGGUCAAGAAGAAAAGGAACAAACACUUGUUGAACAUUUAUUGAGCUGUAAGUCAGAUUCUUUGAUGUCUGGCGAUUCAGAUUCAUUGAGCUCUGAUGUUAAUUAUAUGGGCAGUGCCAAUCGAGAAGAAAAGGAGCAAUCGCUUGUCGAUCAUUCUUUGAGCUCUAGCGAUUCAGAUUCAUUGAGGUCGGAUUCGGAAUCAUUGAGCUUCGAUGUUAAUUAUGUGGGCAGUGCCAGUCAGGAAGAAAAGGAGCAACCUGUUGGCCACCAUUCAUUGAGCUCUGGUGAUUCUGAUGUUGCAAAAUAUUUUGAUAAUUAUCGGGGCAGUUCAAUCACAACGAAGGUUGAUCAACAAGAACAGCAACAAAGAGUUGUUGAUCCAUUGAGCUCUGGCGAUUUCGAUUUUUCAAAACAUUGCAGUGGGGUCAAUGAAGAAAAAGAUGAUGAUGCAUAUAUUACUAUCCAUGGGGCCUGUCCAAUUAAAAUGAAGGUUGACCCGGAGGAAAAGGAGCAGACAGGCGUUUCCGCUGGAAAGAAUAUGCUAACUAAUGAGGAGAGAGACAGUGAAUUGCCAGGUUUGAAAAGAAAAUAUGAACCAUAUUCAAAGGAUGGUUCUCAGGAAGAUGGAGAUGGCACUGAUACUGUGAAAUUGAGCAAGCAAGACAGUGAAUUGGCAGGUUCGAAAAGAAAAUGUGAACUAUAUCCAAAUUAUGGUUAUGUGGAUGAUUCUCAGGAAGAUGGAGAUGGCAAUGCUGUGAAAUUUAGCAAGCAAGACCAUGAAUUGCCAGGUACGGAAAGAGGAUAUAAACCAUAUUCAAAUGAUGGCCAUUUGGAUGAUUCUAAGAAAGAUGGAGAUGGCACUGAUACUGUGAAAUUGACCAAGGAAGAGAAAAGACUUGAACUUGAAAAUUUUAGUUGGCGAGUUCCCAUCUCCAAGGGUGAGAAAUCCAACUCUUCACUGGAUGUGGAGUAUAAAUCAUCAGCAAAGAAGGAUAGCCGCAAUGCUAAAUGUGUGCAAAGAACAGGUCAGAAAGGUACAAGGAAGGUGGGGACAUUUGGCAAGGAAAAGACAGGCGCGCCAAGAAAUCUUGACUCGAUUAAGGCAACGUUUGAUUCCAUAGAGAAGGAAGUUGAUGAAUCCACACCCGGUAAGAAGAAGACUGGCGCAGAAAGAAAUCAUUUGAACGUGUCAGUUGAUUCCAUAGAUAAGGAAGCAAGUGAACCCACACCUAGUGAGAAAAGGACUAAUGAAGCAAUAAAGAUGUUGGUAGAUUUGAUAGAGAAGGAAGCAGAUGGACCCAAGGAAUAUUUCGCUCCUCUUAAUAACAAUCCAAAUUCCUUGCCAUUGAAAUUCAGGUUUGAGGAUGAGGAGCCAUCUCCACCAGAGAAAUCAGAAUGGGAGAAAGAACUUGAAUCUCUUUUCUGUGAUUUGAAUAUGGGCCUCAGGGAAAUUGAGCCUGGCUGCAUAAAUCCUUCCACGGUUUGUGACAACAAUGACGACGAAUCCAUCCCCCAAGUUAAUAACAGCACUCCAGCAGGGCUGUGUCGUCGAGGGGAGCAUGAUCCUGUUUUCGAUGAACAGAUGGGAAUUAAAUGCAAAUAUUGUGCUGUAGUGCUUCUGGAAAUUGAAGAUAUCCUACCACCAUUUUAUACGCCACCUUCCGGGAGGACGGACAGGAAAGACUUUGGUGACUCCCAUAACCGUAUCUUUGAUCAGAUUCAGUUUCAGGACACUGAUUGUGGAAAUCCCAGUUCCUCGUCCAUUCAUGAAACCGGCACGGAUUGGAAUUUGAUUCUUAACACUGUAGAUGGAAUGUAUCCUCAUCAACUGGAAGGGUUUAAAUUUAUGUGGAAAAACAUAGCUAGAGAUGGUAACGGAUGCAUUAUUUCACAUGCCCCUGGUACAGGCAAAACCCGACUGACUAUAGUGUUUCUCCAAGCAUUCAUGAACAAGAAUCGGAAAUGCCGGCCAGUAAUAAUAGCUCCCCGCGGCAUGCUCCUCACAUGGGAAGAUGAAUUCCGAAAAUGGGGUGUUAACGUACCUUUUCACAAUUUGAACAAACUAGAGUUAUCUGAGGAGGAAAAUGCUUUUUCUGAGAAAUUAAUUGGUCAAGUAGGUUCUCACUGGAGGAUCCGGGAUCGCAUUCGUUUUGUUAAGGUGAUAUCUUGGUUGAAGAGUAACAGUAUCCUAGGAGUCAGCUACCCACUGUUUGAGAAGCUUGCUGGAGAGCAUCAGCGAAAAGAACAAUAUGAUCAAAUCAGGGAAUUACUGCUUAAGAAGCCCGGACUUUUAGUUCUUGAUGAAGGGCACACCCCUCGCAGUGACCAAAGUCUUACGUGGAAGGCUUUGGCAAAUGUUGCAACAAACCGGCGCAUAAUGUUAUCUGGUACUCCUUUCCAGAACAAUUUCGAGGAGCUUUACAAUACACUCUGCCUAGUUAAUCCACUGUUUGCUGAUCAGAUCGAUGAAAUUCAUCCAAGUUGCAAAAGGGGUAGGAAAAUGAUACAUAGAACUCGUGGAAAACGGGGAACUUUGACCAAGUUCCUUAGUGAAACUACAAAUGAUCAAUUGAUGAAGCUUAGAACCAUGAUUGAUCCAUUCGUCCAUGUACAUAAAGGAACUAUUCUUCAAGAAAGUCUCCCUGGACUGAGGGAUUCUCUGGUUUUCUUGCGGCCAACUGAAUUGCAAAAUUCCCUGUUGCAAAUUGCUUCAAAUGGAAAGCCAUUUCUUCAUGAGGUUUGUUUGGUGUCCUUGAUCUCUGUCCACCCUUCAUUGGUGGCUGACCAAGAAAUGUUCUCUGCUUAUAAGAGUGAAAUAGAAAGGAUUGAAUCAACAAUUGAUGCUGGAGUAAAAACAAAGUUUGUCACUAAACUAAUAUGGCUAGCUGAUGCACUUGGUGAGAGGGUUUUGGUCUUCAGUCACUUCAUCGAUCCUUUAGUCUUUAUCAAGCAGCAACUUCAGUCUCAGUUUUCUUGGAAUGAAGGGAGGGAAGUACUUUAUAUGGAUGGGAAGCUUGAACAGAAUCAACGUCAAUAUUCUAUCAACUCUUUCAACGAUGAAUCUAGUGAAGCUAAGGUGCUUCUUGCAUCACAAAAGGCUUGUUCUGAAGGUAUAAACUUGGUUGGGGCUUCAAGAGUUGUAUUGUUGGAUACUGCCUGGAACCCUUCAGUUGAAAGGCAAGCCAUAAGCCGGGCUUAUAGGCUUGGUCAGAAAAAGGUUGUGCAUGUAUAUCGACUCAUCACAUCUGGAACUGUAGAGGUCCAAAAGUAUGCAUUCCAAGCUCAUAAAGAUCGCAUAUCGCAACUGAUAUUUUCUCCUACAGAUGGACCCACUUGCCAUAGUGAGACAUCAAACAUUGUAUCUGAGGAUAAAGUCUUUGAAGCAUUGGUUGAUGAUAAAAGUAUAAACCACAUUUUUGAAAAGAUAAUUCAUCAACCCAAAGCAUCUGAUCUGAUUGAUACUUUUGAUUUUACGGAUCUUAAGCUGUAACUCCAUAUGCUAUUCAUGUUCACUUUCAACAAUUUUUUCUGUCCUACCUGGUGCCGAAUGGUGCAUCUUGCACGAAGGUUCUGUUAUUUGUAGCUCCACCAGUUGCACUGGAUCUGAGGAAUUCAUUCUGAAGAUAAGGUUAUUUCCAUAGAUGAUAUGUCUGAGUCCCUUCAAAUUGUUUUCUGUGCUUUCGGAUUCUAGCCUUUUAUAAGUCUGUAUACUCUGUUCACGUACUAGGAAAUAUGUUUGCAGGGGGAUACAAUGACUUGUUUCUUAAAUUUACCUGUUUUAUAUCCAGGUUAAAUUUCUGAAGUUGUAUAUUCCUGUCAAUUGAGUUCUCAACCUCUCUUGUAUUUUUUUCCCUAUCUGCUUGUGAUCGUCAUUUGUACAAUUUAAUAUUGAGGCAUUUUCAAGAAUGUCCA